CUAGAAGGGAUGGAAUAGCGAAGAAGGGCAUGAUCUCAGGGGAGGAAACCUCAUCAUCACCAGUAUGGUCGCGACAAGUCAACGGUGGCGAUGGGUGAUCUCAAGGCGGAGCCCAUGACACCAUGCCAUGCCAUGCCAGGUCCUGCCCUGCCCUUUUGCCCUUGCCCUGUGUCACUUCUGGCUCAUGAACCCUGAAGGUCUGGAAGCCUGGGUCUUCCUAGACUGCCUGGACUGUCUGGACUGCCUCAUUUUCACCAUGAUGGUCGAGGUCGCUCGCUGUAGGUCACCACAUAUGCAUCAGCAGGUCCUCUACCGGUAUGUACAUACGGUACUUACUGUAAGCUGUAUCUUUCCGGACAGGUUAGCAGCAGGGAAAAGGCAUCAAUCAUCAUCAUCAUUGUACAUAUUUUUUGACUGCCAAUACUCGGUAGUCACCUACCUUUCAGGUAGAAUCGGUAGAACCUUGAGACGAACCGACACAUUCCAGCUCCUUCCAUUCUGUCGACAUUCCUGCCUGUUGCUGCAGCUCAGCCAUCAUCAAACAUCAACCCAAUCAAUGAUGGGUUAUUGAGUCCCAAUAUCCUGUUGGUAGAGGUGACAGAUCUGGUAUACGUACAGCUGGCCAGAGGAAUCAUCUCAUCAGCAUCGUCGUCGUCACCUGAAGCGUUGCGGCUGAUACCUACCUACCUUCAUUGCUCUCUUGGUGACUCAGAGCUGCAUC